AUGAACUCGUUAACAGCAACCGUGCCCCUUAGGGCAGCUUCACUUCCAAAAUCACAUCUGUAUCUCACAGCUCGAGGAUACACGGGUAUCGUGGCAACAGCUGGACUACGUUGUAGCAGUCCAAUACUUGCCAACAAAUAUCAUCACCAAACCACCAAGAGAUUCAUCUCAUCGACACCUCAGACACAAACGAAGGAAUUCUUUCCUCCUCCCAAUGCUCCUCACAUCAAGGAGGUGGAGACGGCUUGGGUCCAUCCUGUUUACACCGAAGAACAGAUGCACCAUGUCACAAUAGCUCACCGAGAAACGAAAAACUGGGCUGACUGGGUGGCACUUGGGACCGUUCGGUUGCUCCGAUGGGGUAUGGACCUUGUCACUGGAUACCGACAUCCUACCCCGGGCAAGGAACAUGAGGCCAAGUUCCAGAUGACCGAACAGAAAUGGCUCACCCGAUUCAUUUUCUUGGAGAGUGUUGCCGGAGUGCCAGGGAUGGUUGGAGGCAUGUUGCGACAUCUCAGGAGCUUGAGACGGAUGAAGAGGGACAAUGGAUGGAUCGAAACUCUACUCGAAGAGGCAUAUAAUGAGCGCAUGCAUUUGCUUACGUUCUUGAAACUCGCCGAGCCCGGAUGGUUCAUGCGCCUCAUGGUCCUUGGCGCUCAGGGAGUCUUCUUCAACGGCUUUUUCAUCUCCUACCUGAUGUCGCCGCGUAUCUGCCACCGGUUCGUAGGUUACCUUGAAGAGGAGGCGGUGAUCACCUACACUCGAGCGAUUAAAGAUAUCGACAACGGAAAGCUCCCCAAGUGGACGAGCCUGGAAGCCCCUGAGAUUGCCGUUCAAUACUGGAAGAUGCCCGAGGGCCAGCGAACUAUGAAGGACCUGCUGAUGUAUGUCCGCGCCGAUGAGGCGAAGCACCGCGAAGUGAACCACACGCUAGGAAACUUGGACCAGGGUGCAGACCCAAAUCCAUACUCGGUCAAGUACAAGGACCCGAGUAAGGCGCAUCCUGGUAAGGGCAUUGCGAAUCUGAAAGCAACGGGAUGGGAGAGAGAAGAGGUGAUCUGA